CGGUUUUCUCGGGCUGGGUGGGUUUGACUGCCACUAGUCGAAAACCAAAGCCAACCUUGGAAACAGCCCCCCAGCUUAGACCACCCACUUCCAAUUACACUAGCAGUCUACUAAUCCUCUCUCUAUUGUAACGGCUGCUGCUAUCGCCAACUACAAACACACGCAUAAAGAGAUAGAAAAAGAGAUUGAAAGUUAAGUCUCAUUCUUGAGGGGUUUGUCUUUUUGGGUUUUUAUUUAUAUUUUUUUAAACAACUGUUUUUAUGAUGGCUGAGACUGAUCAGGGUUUUGAGAGGGACCAGGGGACUGCAACAACUACUAGUUUUCCUCAGUUGUUGUUUGGUGGUGAUGAUGAUGUUGUGAGUCUUGAUCUGGGUCAGAGUUUUAACUACACUUACUCUUCUUUUCCUGCUCAUGAGAAGACUCCCAAAAUGCUUUGCUUUGGGGGCCAACAAACUGAUGCUGAAAUAGUGUUUGGUGAAUCUGCUGCUAGUACUACAAAAACUGCCACUACUCCCCAGAGGUCCGGCGUCACAUGCAGUGAUUCUUCCUCAGCUUCUUCUGGUAACAACAACAAAUCUGUCAAGACCCCCUCCAAAUCUACUAGAAAGAGGGAUAGAGGUCGAGAAUCGGUGGAGUGCACGGGUGCCAUUGUUACAGCUCAGCCGGUAAGCCAAAGAACCAAUAAAAAGUCCAAGGUCGAGAACCCCGCCACUUCGACCGGCCAUGCGAAGGCGAGGAAAGAGAAGGUAGGGGACAGAAUCACUGCAUUGCAGCAGCUGGUUUCGCCCUUUGGCAAGACAGAUACGGCAUCGGUACUCCAUGAAGCGAUGGGUUAUAUCAGGUUCCUGCACGACCAGGUCCAAGUCCUGUGCACUCCUUAUCUGCAACACCUACCUGACGGUGGGAAAAACGGAGGUGAAGAAUCACGAAAGGACCUGAAGAGCAGGGGGCUGUGCCUGGUCCCAGUUGCUUGCACGGUGCACGUGGCAAAUAGCAACGGUGCUGAUUUCUGGUCGCCAGCAAUGGUGAACAAUGUAACAAAGCAGUGAAUCGUUUCUAGUUUCCAAGUAUACUUUUAUACAUAGUUGCUUUGUAGUUGCCCUCUCAUAUUGGUGUCUGAAGAGAUUUUGACAGCUCAUCUUGAAAGAGGAUCAAAGGGGUAAAAAGUGUUAGAAAAAACAGGAACCUGGGAAAGUUUCAUAGAAUUGACUGAACGAACAGAGGGAACAAUGAAAAGGAGAAAGCGGAAGGGGCAAAGCAAGGUGUAUUUCCUUCCUUUGUUUGCUUUUUGGAAGCAGCACGUGGGUGCCUACUUUUUUCGGCUUAGGUUGGCUUUGGUAUGGGUUACACUUGUAAAUCUUCAACGCUUAAUCAAAUACCAAUGCAAUUUUGAGAAGAGGGCUGGUCCUUCUUUGUA